AUAUUCGUCCAAUCAGAAGCAUUCAAUUUGGCGAUGGCCAUUGGAGGUGCGAUACUGUUCUCGAUUUAUUUGAUCUUCGAUCUCGAUCGCAUCAUUCAUCACAGCUCACCUGAGGAUUACAUCGAAGCUUGUGUAUCGCUCUAUUUGGAUAUCAUUAAUCUUUUCUUGAGAAUUCUUCAAAUUGUUGGCGAAAUGAAUCGUCAGUGA